AUGGGUAAACACGAAGUAGGAACACCAAAAUACAUUGCUAAUAAAAUUAAGGCAAAAGGUUUACAAAAGUUAAGAUGGUAUUGUCAGAUGUGUCAAAAACAGUGCAGAGACGAAAAUGGAUUCAAGUGUCAUACAAUGUCAGAAUCUCAUCAUAGACAAUUACUGCUGUUUGCUGAUAAUGCGUCUCGCUAUAUGGAUCAGUUUUCAAGGGAGUUUUCCCAGGGAUAUUUAAAUUUACUGAAAAGGCAAUUUGGUACCAGACGUGUACCUGCUAAUCGCGUAUAUCAAGAAUAUAUUUCAGACAGAGGACAUAUACAUAUGAAUGCUACAAUUUGGCUUACAUUAACUGCAUUUGUCAAAUGGCUUGGACGUACUGGACAAUGUGUUGUUGAUGAAACAGAGAAAGGUUGGUAUGUGACAUAUAUCGAUAGGGAUCCAGAAACAUUAGCAGCUCAAGAAAAAAAAGCUAAAAAACAAAAGAUGGAUAAAGAUGAUGAGGAAAGGAUGAUGGAGUUCAUAGAGAAGCAGGUAGAAAAAGGUCAGCAAGAAAGUAGUAACCAAACAGAAACUGUUAAAGAGCCACUGACACGAUUUGAAAAUGAUACGCCAAUAAUUCUAAACAUGAAGAUAAAUAAGAAGGCAAAGAUUCCCAUUAUUAAACAAGAGAAAACAGAAAUGAGUUCUGUUAGUAGUGAAUUAGUCUCUAUGAUUUCUGAUAUAAAAUCUGAAGAAAUAAAUGAUAGGUAUACAGACAAAGAAACAAAUUCAACAAGGUCAGAAAAACAUAAAUCUAAGCUUAGCAAGGAUGAUAAUAACAAAGAAGGAUGGUUAAGAGAGGGUUUAAUGGUAAAAAUAAUUAGCAAGUCUCUAGGGGAUAAAUACUACAAAUCUAAAGGAAUAAUUCAGUCUGUUGAAAAAUCAAAUUUUGUUGGAAAAAUUAAAUUAAAAUCACCUGAAGAAGUCGAGAAUCAUGUUAUAAAGAUAGAUCAGGAAUAUCUAGAAACUGUAAUACCUGCUAUAGGAAAGCAAAUUGUGAUUCUUUGGGGAAAAUAUAAGAAUAUGAAGGGUGUGGUGUAUAAACUUCAUAUAGAAAAUUAUAGCAUUGAUGUAAAAUUAGAUAAAGAUAAUAUUAUUGUAAAAAAAUUACCGUAUGAACAAAUUUGUAAAUAUGUGAUAUAA